UUGGAGGCCCUCGCCAAACAGCUGCCCUUUACCGCUCUGGGCAUCGAUUCCGACAACGACAGCGUGUUCAUCAACGACAGCCUAAUGCGGUACUGCGCCGACCGGGGCAUCGAGUUCACCCGUUCCCGGGCUAACCGGAAGAACGACCAGGCCUGGGUCGAGCAGAAGAAUGGGAGCGGUGAUCCGGCGCUCUCUGGGUCAUGA